AUGACUGUCACCGAUGAAAGCUUACCCACUUACCCCUGGGAAGCCGGGGCGAUCAAGAAGCGUCAGCAGCGUAACGAGGCUAUUCCAGAGGCAUGGAGGCUCCAUCAAAAUCUCCAGGGUGGCCUCAAAACACCGUUGGAGAAAUCUAAAAAUAAUCUCCUGGAGCUUAAUUUCAUCGCGCCAAUCUGGAAUUUUGACCGACGAGGUGCAGAUUACAGAAUCAAGCGAUUCUCCUUCUGUAAACGGGCUGCGGUGGCUCAUCAGCUUAUUGCUGGUAUGGCGUCGACACUGGGCCUUACGGCCUAUCUAGACCAUAGAGCCGAGUCUAAUUCGGCACUUGUUGAUAUCCUACUUGCCCUCGGAGCCGUGCUGUAUUGCAAAACCCAUGUUCCUCAGACGAUGAUGAACGCUUAUCCUUGGACUACUAGUCUCAGUGCCGGAGGAUCCCGCGGAGGCGAGGGCGCUCUGAUUGCCAUGCGCGGCGCUCCCAUCGGUGUUGGAACUGAUCCUGCGGGAAUGUCUGCAAAGAAGAUGCUUGACAAAGUUCUCAUGACAGGGUCUAUUAGUGUUUCUGCACUCUGCUGUGGAACGUGCGGCUUUCGUCCGACGGCUUCUCGAAUUCCAAACGGUGGACAGCAGGGAUGCGCAGACGAAGGGCUGGCGCAAAUUUUACCUGGUGCUGGAACCCUCGCAAACGAUACGAAGGCUCUCACUCUUUUCGUUAAAGCCGUGCUACCGGCAAAGCCUGCAUUAUAUGAUGCUUCCGCACUGGAUGUCAACUGGAGAGAUAUCCGGGGACCCUUCGGACGUAAAUUGCGGUUUGGGCUGCUUCCUGAAGAUUCGACAUAUCCUUUGCACCCUCCGGUGCGGAGAACAAUUGCGGAGGCUUCGCGUCUGCUCCAGGCAAGCGGGCACGAAGUGGUUGAACUGCAGUCCGACGAGUGUCGCAUCUCUGAAGCGCUACAGGUGGCCUUUGCCCUGUUUGCGUUGGACGAAACCGCCGAUGGAAUUGUAAAAGCUGCGGGCGAGCCACCGGUUCCCUCCCGCAUCAAAUUGACCAAGAGAUGGGUAAAGCUCCACAGGAGUUCGUCUCAGAUUUGCGUAACCCCAGGCCUCAAGCAGCUAUCCGGGUUGAACCUUAAAAGACGAGAAUUGAUUAGUGACUGGUGCAGGCUCUGGCAAAAGUAUGAAACUGAUGCAGUCAUUGGGCCGGGGGGUCGUACCACAGCGAUUGAGCAUGACGAGUUCACGCUGCCGCCCUACACUGUGCUCAUGGAUCUCCUGGACGUGAUUCGUCGUCUUUUUGCUGAUGUUGUCGUUGUCGCCGAUAACAAACGCAUCCGGUCCAUGACCUUGCUGACUGGCUUCGUGCUACAGUGUCCCGCGUGUAGCAUCCCGUUUGGACGAGUCACGGAGUCAGAUGCUGCGGAAAGACUAGACCUGCAGCCAGGCCAGGUUGUUCCGUCUUGUGAGUUUUGA